UAUUUUGAUCGCCGAGAAGCUAAGACCUGGGUGAGCAGAGUACCCUAGGCUAAACACGCAUAGAUCAUUGAUGCACCUGUGCUUCAGUUUGCGAUCCACUACAGAGUCCCUGAAGGCCAGAAGCAGCUGUUAGGUUAUUACGUACCCCGGCAAUCGCAUCUGGAGUGCAAACAUGGAAUUGACAAGAAUCAUUUGGCUAGCAUCUUUUCCUAUUUUGGUCACAAUUGUGUUCACCGGAAUGGCGUGGCUACAGUGACGAGCGACGUUCUCCCCAACAACCAAACGUUCACCACCUCUGCCGCCCGAGGCUGCAGGGGCUCCCCUUCUUGGGAUCCUCCCAUCACUUCUCACCAAGGGCCCGCUGCAAGUGAUCCGCGAUGCCCACGCAGAGAUGGGGAGCGUGUUCACAGUGAGUCUGUUGCAUCGCAAGGUGACCUUCCUAGUUGGGCCAGAUGUGUCGAGCCAUUUCUUCCAAGGGCUCGACUCGGAGAUCAGCCAGGACGAGGUUUCACAGUUCACCAUUCCGACCUUCGGCCCCGGUGUCGCCUUCGACGUAGAUUUCGCCACUCGUCGCGAGCAAUUCCGCUUCUUCGGCGAUGCGAUGAAGCCGGUCAAGCUUAGGACCUACGCUCGCCUCAUGGUGCAAGAAGUUGAGGAAUACUUUGCGAGAUGGGGACCAACCGGCACGGUUGACUUGAAGAAGGAGCUGGAGCACCUCAUCACGCUCGUCGCCAGCCGGUGCUUGUUCGGGGAGGAGGUCCGGGCCAAGAUGCUGGGUGAGGUCGCAACGCACCUCCAUGAACUCAAUGACGGCAUGCGUCUCGUCACCAUCCUAUUCCCGCACCUGCCGAUCCUGGCGCACCGCAGACGCGACACGGCGCGCGCUAGGCUCGGCGAGAUAUUCUCCGGCAUCGUUAGUUCCCGCAAAACAAGCUACCCCGAUGGUGGCCCAAACGACAUGCUGCAGUGCCUGAUCGAUUCCAGGUACAAAGACGGCCGCGCCACCACCGAGACGGAGGUCGUCGGGAUGCUGGUCUCGGCGCUGUUCGCGGGGCAGCACACAAGCUCCAGCACGGGCACGUGGACUGGAGCGCGCCUCCUCGCGCACGCCAAUGGCAAUCACCUGCGCGCUGCCGUCCAGGAGCAGGAGCAGAUUGUGGAGCGGCACGGGGACCGCGUGGACUACGAGGUCCUGCAGGAGAUGGAUAUCCUCCACCGCUGUGUCAAGGAGGUUCUGCGGCUCCACCCGCCGGCGAUGAUGCUGCUGCGCCACGCGCGGCGGAGCUUCACCGUGCGAACCAGGGAGGGCGACGAGUACCAAAUCCCGGAGGGGCGUACGGUCGCAAGCCCGCUAGUGAUCCACAACCGUCUCCCGCAUGUGUACAAGGACCCGGAGAGGUACGAGCCGGACCGGUUCGGCCCCGGCAGAGGGGAGAACGGGGCCGGCGAAGCGUUCUCGUACACGGCGUUCGGUGGUGGGCGGCAUGCCUGCGUGGGCGAGGCGUUCGCGUACAUGCAGAUCAAGGUGAUAUGGAGCCACCUGCUGAGGAACUUCGAGAUGGAGAUGGUGUUGCCAUUCCCUGAGACGAACUGGAACGUGGUCAUGCCGGGGCCCAAGGGGAAGGUCAUGGUCCGCUACAACAGGAGGAUGUCAGCGGCCGCGUAAUUCACGAGCCGACAGAGACCCUACAUAUAUCUACAUCAUGUUGCAUAUGCUACUUUCUCCUAGCACCAAUAAAUUAGGAUUACCAUUUAGUUAACCGUUGCGCCGUGCACAGUUGAACUACUGUAUUUGUUUGACAAGUCAACCGCGGAGGGCACUUUCGUGAGUGACAUAUGACCCUGUGCGCGUGCGCACUUUGUUGUUUAUCUUGAGGGAGACUACAGCUAAACACUUUAAGUCUUGUGAAUAAGUACACCCUCUCAAGUGAAUCAGUGGUAGAGAUUAAAACACACCCCUUCGGCAUGAUGCAAUUAACAACUAUAAUCUGUUCAUUAGUUCAUGUACGUACAGAUAGCCAACCUGCCCAAACACAAAUUUGUCGUCAACCUGACGUACAAGUUAAAAAUAGAAAUACGUAUAC